AUGGGGGGUCUGAAGCGCCUGGCGUCGCUCGCGCGCGGGUUCGCCGCGAAGGCGGUGAACGGUCCGGGGACGCCGGCGCCGCCCGGGGGUUUCAAGCACCCUCCCGUGCCCGACAGCCUCGAGGGUGCGCUCGGCGUGCAGCGCAUAAUCGCCGUCGCGUCCGGCAAAGGCGGCGUCGGGAAGUCCACGACCGCGGUCAACCUCGCGUGCGCGGCGGCGUCGUCGUUGGGCCUGCGCGUCGGCAUCCUAGACGCGGACGUCUUCGGUCCCUCGGUGCCCAUACUCAUGAACCUCGCGUCUUCAGGGACGCCGGCGAUCGACAAAGAGAACAGGAUGCUCCCGCUGGAGAACUACGGCGUGAAGUGCAUGUCCAUGGGGUUUCUGAUCGCGGAGCAGAGCGCCGCGGUGUGGCGAGGGCCGAUGGUCAUGGGCGCUCUCGGGAAGAUGAUCAGGGAGACGAAAUGGCAUCCGCUCGACGUCCUGUUCGUGGACAUGCCCCCCGGGACCGGGGACGCGCAGAUCAGCAUCUCGCAGCGGCUGCCUUUAACCGGCGCGGUGAUCGUGUCCACGCCGCAGGAGAUCGCGCUCGCGGACGCGCGACGCGGGGUGAACAUGUAUUCGAAGGUGAACACGCCGAUACUCGGUUUCGUGGAGAACAUGAGUUACUACGCGCCGCCCGGGUCCGAAGACGACGCGUCCGCUCGAGCGUACAUCUUCGGGAAAGGCGGGGUGAAGCACACCGCGGAGGCGAUGGGCGUCGAGCUCUUAGCCGAGGUCCCGUUGGAUCAGCGCAUUCGCGAGAGGUCGGACGAGGGGAGGCCGAUCGCGGUGUCGGACCCGGAGAGCGCGGCGGGGAGGUUAUACGCCGCCGUCGCGAGGCGGUUGAUCGAAAAGACGACGCCGUUCGUGGACGAGGGAGGGGGGUAG